AUGAACGGUUGUGAGAAGUGGAGCAUGGUUGGCUACACGGAUGGUGCACAAGAUAAGACGGUGAUCAACUCAAUAAUGCUAAGAUUCCGGCCUAUAGCUCCUAAACCGGUCUCCGGAGACUCCGUUUCCGAUGGGGCUCGGAUUGAUAACAAAAAUUUGUUGCUUUGUAAGCCAAGAGCUAAAAGAAAGUACGCUAAGGUUCGAAAGAAUAAUAUCAGGAGAAAGAAAAGAUCAUCAUCAGAUCCACUUCAUCACGAUGAAGCUUCUAAGAAUCCUGAAAAUAUCGUUACUUUGCAGUUAUUACCAGAGAAAACUGAAGGGAACAGAUCGGUUAACAAUCAAAACGGUAGAGUUUUGGAGGAAAAUCAAGAUCCUGUUUAUUUAUGUAACUUGAACUUCAACAACCUUUGGUUUGAUAGCAUGGGAGUUGUAGAAGAGCCCGAUCGAACGGUUUUGACGGUUCAAAGGGGGAAGGAAAUGGUGGUGGAAUCGUGUGUGACGGUGGAGAGCGUGACGGACAGUUGCAUGGAAGUGAGGGAGUUAGGGAGUACGGACGUGGAAAGGAUAAAGAAUCUGGAGGCUGACAAGUGUCCAGGGUUUAUAUUGUUACGGAAUACGUCUAUCGGAUAA